AUGGAACAAGAUCCAAAAGCUUUAGAAGAAGAAGAGAUGGUCAAGGCACAGCAUAGGAGAAAGCCAGAGUUUAAUGAACGAUAUUAUAUUUGUAGAUGUACUGAAGGAUAUUAUUCUAAUUUCAGUAUUACUGCAAAAUAUAAUAAACGAUUUUCCAAAGAGUUGUUGUCAAAUGCAUUACAAUCUAUGAUUAGAAACAAUAGUUGGUUUACGCUUAAUUUCUUUAAGGAUAAUGAUGAUAGUAGUGCUCAAGUGAAUGGUAUGGAUUAUGAAGUUAGAUGUGUGGAGAAGAUUAAGUUUUCAGACGUCGUAAGCUUUCGCCAGAUUGAACAGUUUGAUGCAACUACAUUAGAAGAAGUUAAUAUGCUCACAUUAAAGAUGAAUGUGAAUUUACCAUUAUGGAGAAUUAUUGUGUUUGAAGAAGUUGGUGGAGACCAAUACGUUUGUGUCUACGUUGAUCAUUCUCAUUAUGAUGGUUUAUCGGCUGUUCAAUUUCAUAAGGAUUUAACCAAAGAGUUAUCAUUGGCAGUUAUUGAUCAUGUUGAAGUAUUAUUUGACUAUAAGAGAGACUUUGAAUACUUGCCUGAGAAAAUCUUACCACCAGUUGAAACAUUGACAGAUUUAUACAUUCCUUCAUAUGCAAAAGUCGUUAGACAUUAUCUAGAGACAUACAUUCCCGGUCUCUCGGAUUUUGUAUCCUGGGCUUCAACAUUACGGUUACUCUCCGAUGCAAAUGAAAACUUGGAACUACUGACCCAUCCUCUUUUCUAUACCAAGAAUAGAGUAGAAAGAGUAUUGCAAACAAAGUUCAAAAUUUUCAACUUUUCAUCUAGUGAAGUAUCAAAAAUGAUUGAUUAUUGUAGAUUACAUAAAAUCACAUUGUCAGCAUAUUUUGAUAUCCUUUGCUUACAAUCUCUUGAAGAGACCAUUUUCAAAGCUGUUGAUCCUUCAACACAAUUUUCUACAAGCUCCCUUGUAGCUAUUAAUGGAAGAAGGUAUUAUUCUGAGGAUAUUAGAAACUUCAAAUAUGGGACGAUGGUUUGUGGUGAUCAAAUUAUUUUACCUCCUAUUAAACGAAAACCUCUUGAAUCAAUGAAGAAAUUUCAUAAAAAAUUGCGGGAAAACAUCAAAAGCAAAGCUUCAUUCAAAAUUAUUGGUAUGUACAACUAUAUAAAUUGUUGGGAUUUCUUUAGAAAGAAGUUAGGUAAGGUUGGUGGUCGUUUCUCUUUGACUAUCUCCAAUCUUGGGAAGAUUGAGAAUUCAAAUGAUGAAUUCAAAUUUGAAAAAAUUUUCUUUGCCCUGAAUACUGGAUUGGUAUAUAAUUUCAUUCUUAACAUGACAACGACUCCAGACAAUGAAUUAACGGUGGUAUUUGGUUAUUUGCCAGAGUUUGAAGAAUACCAAUUGCAUGGCAAAAAAGCCAUUGAUUUAUUUGCUAAUCAAUUCCAAACCAAGCUUCGAGAUUUUUCAAAGGAAAAAUAA